UGCUAGUGGCCUACUCCACUGAACUUGGCCCGGCAAAGGGCCCAAACACGGAAAGGAAAUGGAGAAGUUGGGAGUCAGAUUGCAUGGGACCCGAAUCUCUGGCAUCUUCUCCAUCGCAUUUAGAGGUUCCGGUAAUAAUUAUGCAUGAAGAGGGGGCAAAAAAAGUCAUCGCCGUCCUCAAUCUCAGAUUCAGAUUCACAUGCUACGAUUCGAAGAACUCAUUCCACAAUCCGCGUUUCCGGAUUGGUGCAAGGUGAAUUAUCCUUCUGAAUCUUUGACAAGAUGGAGGAACCAAGAGACGACAUUGUGCCAAUGGAGGCAUCAAAUCCUGAUGCUCCAUGGUGGCCAGCUGAUUUUAUGGAGAAAUUACAGUUGGUUUCUGCCACUUAUUCUACACAAACUUCAGACUCAAAAGAGUUAAACAAACAUGAGGUAGAGAGCUCAGCACCAGAGAGAGCAUCACAGAUUCUGUGGGCAACUGGAAAACUUGCUGAACCAAUUCCCGAUGGUUUUUAUUUUGUUAUUCCGGAAAGAAGAUUCAAAGAGCUUUUUGACACUAUCCCGUCUUUAGACGACCUUUUUUCUUUGGAUGUAGAGGGUCUUAGACCUAAUGUUAUUGUUGUUGAUACACUUAAAGAUAAAAAGCUUUCAAUGCUAAAGCAACUGACUCUUACUUUAGUGAAAGGAUUGAGUGCUAGUCCUGCUGCAGUUGUGAAGAAGAUAGCUGCAUUAGUUUGUGAUUUUUACAAACGGCCAAAGUAUAGAAGAAAUGCACUUGAUGAGGUUUCUCGUGCUCUGGAUAGUCAAGGUAUCCAUAUGCUCUGCCAGAUGAAGAGUAGGCACUACCAUUCCCAGGCAAUUUUGUUUAAAGUCCUUGCAGAUGCCGUUGGCCUUGAAUGUAAGCUUAUUGUGGGUCAUCCUAGGGAAGGAGUAUUGGAGCGGGAUUUUACAUAUGAACCUAUAUCUGUGACAGUUAUUCUAAACUCUGUGGAAUUUCUGGUUGAUCUUGUGCUGUCACCGGGAAAGAUGGUCCCUUUUACAUCACAUGCACUUUUUCUUUCUCACAUAUGUGCCAGCCGUGAUAUAAAUUCUGUGGAAAGCAAUUCAUAUUGUUCUCCUGUUGAACCCAACAGUCCUAUCUGUCUCGUCUCAGACCAACUCGGCAUUGAAGGAAUUUCCUCAGGGGAGAGCAUCCAAACUGCAUAUCAGCAUAAACUAGAAGCAUCAACUAAUGUGUCCACCCCGUCUCUAACAAACCGAAGGCUACAAUCACAGUCUAUAAUUGACGGCUCAUCACAAAGUGAACCAGAUGUUGCCCGUUCCUUUUGGUGGCACAAUAGGAAGAAAAACAUAUCUGAGCAACGGGCCACCAGUCCAAGUCCAGAGCACCACUUAUUUCGAGGACAGAGAAGAUCUAUUCUUGGGGAUAGGAAAUAUUCUAUCAAAGGAUACUGUGAUGAUACGAGUACAUCAAGAUCUGCUGGUGCAUCACCAAUAGAAGCCCGCAGGAGAAGACGGCGAUGCGUUAGCAUGAUUCCAGAGAUUGGUGAUAACAUUGUAAGGGCUGUGCGUGCAAUGAAUGAAGCUGUCAAACAAAAUCGCCUACCAAGGGAACAAGAUGUUUCAACUAAUGAUUUUUCUGCAGAGAAAAGAGAUGAUGAUUCCGAUAGCCAAGCAAGUGCUCUAAGGUUCCAUCCCAAUGAUCAUGAAGGGAUUAAUGACGGAAGUAGCCAAGCAUAUGUUUUGCAGAGGAAGCACAUAAAUUCUCAUAAAGCUAUCUCAUUGCCUUCAUCCCCUCAGUAUUUUAAAAAUCAGAUCCCCAGAAGGGCCGAUCGAUCAACAGCUUUAAAAAAUCCUCAUAUGAUCUCCAGAUUUGAUAAAGUACUGGAGUCUUCAAAACUUGUGAACCAGCCAUUAUUACCUUUCGAGGAGUGGAACAUAGAUUUCUCAGAAGUAAACAUCGGAAUACGUGUUGGAAUUGGAUUCUUUGGUGAGGUUUUUCGUGGCAUUUGGAAUGGGAUAGAGGUUGCAGUAAAAGUUUACCUCGAGCAAGACUUGAGCCAAGAAAAUAUUGAAGAUUUUGCCAAUGAAAUAUCUAUAUUGAGCCGUAUUCGCCAUCCAAACGUCAUUCUGUUUCUUGGUGCUUGCACAAAGCCUCCUCGCUUAUCCAUGGUAACUGAAUUUAUGGAGAUGGGAUCAUUAUAUCAUCUUAUCCACGCAAGUGGACAGAAAAAUAAACUCAGCUGGCGAAGGAGGCUGAAAAUGCUUUGUGAUAUAUGCAGGGGUUUGAUAUACAUUCACCGAAUGAAAAUAGCUCAUCGGGAUCUAAAGAGCGCAAAUUGCCUUGUAAAUAAACACUGGAAGGUCAAGAUUUGUGACUUUGGGCUCUCUAGGUUACUGACUACAAAACCAAUGAGAGAUUCUUCAGCUGCCGGAACUCCAGAAUGGAUGGCCCCAGAACUCAUUCGUAAUGAACCCUUUACUGAAAAAUGUGACAUUUUUAGCCUUGGUGUUAUAAUAUGGGAGCUCUACACACUUAACAGACCGUGGGAAGGCAAUCCAUCUGUCCAGGUAGUAUAUGCUGUUGCUAAUGAUGGGAAACGGUUGGAUAUCCCUGAUGGUCCCGUGGGAAAGCUUAUAUCAGAUUGCUGGGUGGAACAACCGGAUGAAAGGCCCGAUAGUUUGCAAGUUCUGUCGCGCUUGCUUGAACUUGAGCAUCCCGUUUCCUAAUCGAUUCUUCCCGUUUCUAUGGACGAGCAAAUAAUGAGCUUUGAGAGGAAUUUGUGAAUAUAAUAAUGGGGUGGUAUUAUGCAUUGAUGUCAAGAUUUUGCAAUUGUUUUUUUGAUAGGCUGAUAUCUUGUAUACAUAAUACUGAGUACAAAACAUUCUCUAUAUAUAUCUUUUUCUAAGAUAAACAGAUCAUAUUAGU